AUAAGUCGAAAAGAAGGUAACUUUUUCCAACACUAGGCCCAAUUACAAUUUGUUUAUCAAAAUGAGUGAAAUGACGUUAAACAAUUUAUCCCAGGAAGGAUCUGCGCCUGAGAACAAUCUAAGCAGUGACUCAGAAGAUGACUAUAAUGUACUCGUGGCUGAAGUAAAAGACCACCAACUAUUGUUGCAGCUUCUGAGAACUUUUCAGGCUAAAUGCAAAAGUAAUGCUACGACUAUCAAGGAUCUGGGAGGAAAAUUAUUCGAAGCUGAAUCACAGCUAUUGAUUCAUAAGGAAAAGGCACAAUUCUUUGAUGAGAAGUGCAGGGACAAAGGUGAUCUGAUAGCGACGUUGAAAGCGUCAAUACAAAUAAACAAUGAAAUGACUACGAGAAACGCUGCUGCGCACGAUAUGAACAUAAAAUUAAUGCAAAAUCGAAUUACUGAGCUUCAAAAUGCUCUUGACACCCAAGCUAAAGAUGAUCAACCAAAUUCUGGAACUAUCCAUGACACACAAUUGGAGAAGUUUCAAGAACAGAUUGCCGAUUAUAAACGCAUCAUUGAGUUAAACGAGUCUACAAUAUGCCAACUGAAAGAAAAAGUGACUGCAUUAGAGACCAAAGUCAAGCUAGAUGCAACCAUUAUCGAAAACAAGAAUCAUGAACUCGCCCAAGUAACUAACAGUAUAAGUACGGCCGAGUCUACAAUAUUAAAACUGAAAAAGGAAGUGACUGCGUUAGAGACCACAGCCCAGUUAGCUGAAAUCAACAUCAAACAGAAGGAUGAGCAAACCGAGAAUAAAUCCUCGCAUAGAGGGUACAAAAUUACAAAUCUAGUGUCCACUAAAUUAAUUGAAAUUACUGGCCUCGCACCCUUUGCCGCCCCAUUUAAGGAUAUUCCAUGUAGAAAUGGCAAUGGCUGGAUGGUCGUGCAAAGACGUUUCGAUGGAAGUGUGAAUUUUUCUGAGGGCUCGUAUAUUGAUGGUUUUGGUUCUUUAGCUGGAGAGUUUUGGCUUGGCUUGGAGAAAUUGUAUAUAUUAACAAAUAUUACUCCUCAUAUGCUGCACAUUCAACUCGUUGAUUUCGAUGAUAAUACAUGGUACGCAGAAUAUGACCACUUCAUUGUUGGCAACAAAAUAUGUGACUACAACUUAGUUAACCUCGGGUACUACUCAGGAAACGCUGGUGAUGCACUGCGAAAUCAUGUGCAUGAAGGUUUCAAUAAGUGGUGGGUGUAUAAAAAAGAAGUUCAAGACGGGUGUAAUUUGAAUGGAAAAUUUUAUGCAUCGACGAGUCGAAAUCGGAAUACCAAGGAUGGCAUUUAUUGGGGUACAAGAGGAAACCUCAAAUCUUGUACAAUGUUGCUAAAAUCUAUGUUUAUUUAAGGGACAUUGUACAUAUAACAGUCAAUCUAAGAGCUUAUAAAAAUUUUUUUAUACAAUCUUUAAA